UCUGCUUCUGGGCACAUGGGAAAGGGUGGGUCCUACUCUGCUUUUUUGGGGUGGGAGCCUGGGCCCAAGGAAGGAGAUACCCAGAGUCCCCCGCAGUUUGAUCUGGGCUCUCCCAGGCUCCUGUGCCUGCAGUCUGACUCCUCCGCUGAGAGUACCAAUCUGCUGCAGUCAUCAGGAGCUCUCAGGCUGACGGCGCAGUGGAGCGUGGAGGAUGAGGAGGAAGCGGCGAGGGAGCGGCGCCGGCGGGAGCGGGAGAAGCAGCUGCGGUCCCAGGCCGAAGAGGGCUUGAACGAUGCCGGCUCCUGCUCAGAGAGUGGCCUUCCAGCGCAGGAAAACCACUACGACUUUAAGCCCUCCGAGACUUCGGAGCUGGAGGAGGAUGAGGGGUUCAGCGACUGGUCCCAGAAGCUCGAGCAGCGCAAGCAGAGGUCUCCGCAGCAGUCCUAUGAGGAAGAGGACGGUGGUGUGAGGGAAGCUGAAGUCAAACUGGAGCAGAUCCAGCUGGAUCAGGAAAGCCUGGAGGAGAUCCGGGAGGAGAAUAUGGCAGUGAGGGAGGAGGAGAGGCUGUACCAUGAGGAAGAUGAUCUCCAAGAGCAACAGGAGGAGGAGAGAGCUGAGCAGGAGGAAAAGAAGAGAAGGAGAAAUGAAGAGGAGGAAACACCAGAAAAACGCCAGAAAGCUCCAAGCCCUGCCAGCCUGGAGGAGGAGGAGCUGUGCUCCGACCACACCGCGGUGUGCUCCACCAAGAUCACGGACCGAACCGAAUCUCUGAACCGCUCGAUAAAGAAAAGUAACAGCAUAAAGAAGACCCAGCCUCCCCUUCCUGUGUCGAAGAUAGAUGAUAGACUGGAGCAAUACACGCAGGCCAUUGAGACAUCCACAAAGGCUCCAAAACCCGUCCGACAACCGUCCCUUGACCUUCCCACCACAAGCAUGGUGGUAGCCAGCACAAAAAGCCUCUGGGAGACUGGAGAGGUUGCAGCUCAGUCCUCUGUGAAGUCACCGGCCUGUAAGGAUAUCGUGGCUGGAGACAUCGUGAGUAAAAGAAGCCUUUGGGAACAGAAGGGCAAUCCCAAACCUGAGACCAGUAUCAAGUCCACUCCUGGGAAAAAGUAUAAAUUUGUUGCAACAGGCCACGGCCAGUACAAGAAAGUGCUGAUAGAUGAUGCGACAGAGCAAUAACGUGCCUGGAGGACCCAUUAACCAGCUGAGCUUGGUCCUGACUCGACGCAACCCUCAAUGCCAAUAUUUCCUCUGCUCCAAGGAAGAUACUCAAAGGAUGUUUCUCUUCUCCUCCUGCCUGAAGUCAGUCUGCUUCAAUAUAGCCUGACUGUCAUCUCUGGGUGCAAGCGACACCCUGUGCUGCCUCCAGUCAGGUGAAAGAAAGUAAAUCAGCUGGCAAAAAUGAUCCCUGUUUUAACCUUCUAAGUGACUCUGUGGCUUUUUUUUUUUUUUAAUCUGGCUCUGCUAUGGAGAUGGGAGGCUGUGGCUCUGCUCCCUCUCUUCAUCAAGUGCUUGAAGGGAAGAAUCUACUGAUCUGCCUAGCUGGCAGGUAUUUUGCUACAGAAUGAAGAAUUUCUAAUCUUGUGGCUCUUGAUGGCUGGGUGGUAGGAGAGAGGAAGCUGAAUAGAAACCAGAUAAAAGAAUCAGUGUUUGAGAAGAGGGCAAUGGGCAGAUCCUGAACAUCAGGAGACUGCAAGGACCUUUUGUCACUACCACGAGUGCCAGCUGUGGUUAAAGUCUUCCCCUGUUUAUGGCAUAGCCUUUUUCCCUCUGCAACAUCUGCUCUGGGGGAUGUCAUCUACUGGUCUCUCUGCAUGUACAUCAAGGCCAAAUUACCAAGUCCUGUUCUUUAGUUUCCAGAUCAUCAUUUUAAUCACAGCUGGGUACCCAUACCAAAAUAUUCCUGCCACUCUUCCAUCCUAACCGUGGCCGUAGAAGUUUAGUUUCAGAUAGCUGCUGCCUUCCUCUUCCUGUUAAAGAGGGACGUGGGCCUGAGGCUUCCUCUUCCAGGUGAGGAGUGUUCAUUCCUGGCACUAUCUCCCUUCUCUGGGAAGGGAUUUGCUUUUCCUCUAGCCUGGGCUCCACUGUGAGGAACUGGAACACUUAUUUGUGGGUGUCAAAGGCAGGUGUGUUGAUAACCUGCAAAUUAUGCUCCUGGAGGAGGACUGGAUAUCUGGGAAAGGACCAAAAUUCCUGUAUGCUGGAAGCUGUCUAGGUGAAAAGGCAUCUUAGUGUGCUGUUGGGGGAGGUCAGGGCUUGCUGUGAACGGGGCCCCUGAAGACGGGCACUCUGAUUUCCAGGCUUUGGGCCCCAGUUCUGUAAACCAGCUCCUGGGGCUCUUCCUGAGCUCUCCUGUGUCUUUACACUUCAUGUUGUUAGCACAUUCCUGAUUUCCUGUUUAAAAUCUGUUCAUGUCCUCUUCCCAUGAAGGCUGUCAACAUAAAUUUGCAACUCGUUUCUGCCCUCCUAGAGGGAGGGCAGCUUCUCUCUCCUCCUGCAUCCAUUUGCUUUUUGCUUAAAUUUACUGCGUGUUCUGAAUAUUUUUUUUGUAAGCAUUUAAUAAAAUUUGAGGAAGAUGUUGUAACAACGGCAA